GGACCGUCGGCGCGGGGCCUGUGCGGGCCGCUGCGGGGCCGCCAUGAGGGUGAAGAUCAAGUGCUGGAACGGAGUGGCCUCCUGGCUGUGGGUGGCCAACGACGAAAACUGCGGCAUCUGCAGGAUGGCGUUCAACGGCUGCUGUCCCGACUGCAAGGUGCCCGGGGACGACUGCCCGCUGGUCUGGGGCCAGUGCUCCCACUGCUUCCACAUGCACUGCAUCCUCAAGUGGCUCAACUCCCAGCAGAUCCAGCAGCACUGCCCCAUGUGCCGCCAGGAGUGGAAGUUCAAGGAGUGAGGGCCCGGCUUUUUCCCACUGGAAACGUUGCCGCUUUUUUGUGGAAAACUUAGAAUUCUUCAUUAAAAAGGGGGGCGCGUGGUCCGCCUCGCCCUCACCCGG